AUGGGUUCAUGUUUGUCGCGCAAGCCUAAAAAGGCCAACAACGUUCCGGAGGAGGACGUCGGCGAGAUCCGCGAGGACGACCUCCGCGGCAUCUUCCGCGAGUUCGAUCUCAACGGCGACGGCUACAUUCAGAAGAACGAGCUCAAGGCCGUCAUGACCAAGAUGGGUCAGAGUCCCACGGACGAGGAGCUGAAUGCCAUGUUCAACACCGCCGACAAGGACAACGACGGCAACAUCGACUUCCACGAAUUCUUGACCAUCGCCCGCGCCAACCCGCUAUCUCUGUCAUUGCGGGCUGUGUUUGAGGAGCUAGAUGUGGAUGGGGAUGGACAUAUCACACGGUAAAUCAGCAUUUCUAGUUUUAAAUAUCACAUAAUAUUUACAGUAUCAAGAAGUAAGGAAAGCUUUAAAAAUCUUAAAAAACCUGUUUUAGAUCAGAGUUGAGAACGGCAUUCCAAAGGAUGGGACACAACCUUACCGACCAGGAAAUAAAGGCCAUAUACAAACACGUCGACGUAAAUCAAGAUGGAAAAAUCAACUUCCAAGGUAAACAACUUUGUUUUCAAAACAUUUAAACGUUUUGUUACCUAAUUUUCGGAAAGACCUUUAAAACUUUGGUAAUCUGUUAAAUAGGUAAUAGUUUUGACCAAACUAUGACAACAUAUUUAGUAACUUGCAAUACCUUAAAAAUUCAACAAUUUCCAGAAUUUUGCCAAAUGAUGACGAGGCGAAAGUAA